AAUGUACCCGGSCGACAUGAGUGAAGAUUCGUUUGAUGGCUCUGGCCUCGAUAAAAAUCAUUCCUCGGGAAGGGCUCCCAAGUGUCGUCGCUGUAGAAAUCAUAAUAUAUUGUCAGAUUUACGAGGACACAAGCACCAAUGCAGGUUUAAAGACUGUAUGUGUAGCAAAUGUGUUAUUGUAACGGACGGUCAAAGACAAACUGCUGUUCGUAUAGCUCUCUAUCGCCAACAGAGGACUGUCGAGACUGAAAUGAAAGUCAAUGGACAAGCAUACGAGAAUGGAGUAGAAAGCAAUGGCAUUUGGACGAACGGUGCGAUAGAUGACAAAUCUCUUGAAAAUGGUUACUGCAAACGAAAAUACCACUCCAGUGAUUCCGGUUCCAACAGCCCCGGAAGUGAUCUCAGCUCGUCUGCACCUGGUAGCAAGCGACAAAACCUGGAUUCUCCUCCAACGAUACGAGAUGGUGCCUGCAACGCAAACCUCCCGAUGCCACAAGAAGUGUUGAGUCGUGCUUUUCCCAAUUACUCCCCAACGAUUUUAGAUCUUGUUCUCAAAGGAUGCAACGGUAACGUUCUUCACGCCAUCGAGAUUAUUUCUCAAUACGACAAAGUUCCCAGAAUUCCUAUGACAGUUCCCGGAUGUAUGGAUACCAACGCGCCUGUCGCAAAUCACCUUGUUCCACCGCUGUACAAGAUGAAUUUUGCUAACGGAGGAUAUCGUUUCCUGGUCCCCCCUGGAAUGUUCCCUUUUGGAUCGUAUAUGUUCCCUGGAGGGACACCYCCACCGUUUGGCGUUCCAUCKUCUUUUCCAUCGCACUCAGAAGCCGUCGAGGGAACUGCUCAAGAAGAAAGAAGCACKCAUCAAAAUGGCGACGUCGUCAGCCCGAAGAAAGAAAUCGAAAAUGAUAGAGAACACUGCGAAGAAAAGUCGGUAAAAAAUGGUUCUCAGCGAUGUGAAUCUUGUGGCCAAACAAUUCACUUCGGAGAUCGAUUCUGUACGAACUGCACACGAAGAUUCUCGAGCUGAAGAACAUUCAUAUAAGGAACAAGAUUUCAAGUUUACUAAAAACCGGAAAAAAAGCGAGUUUAACUCGGUAAAUGGCCAUUUCAUUCAUGCUUUUCAGGUCGACAUUUUUAAGAUUCCAUUUUUUAAAUUAAGAUGUUUUAUAUUCGAAUUGCUUUCAAAGUUUAAAUACAAAGAAAAGUUCAAGUUUUCUCAUAAGACAAUUACGUGCAUUUUGUGUGCGUAUUGA